AAUGUCCCAGGGCAGUGUGGGGCAGCUGGGAGCGCUCCCAGCCGGUGGAAAAAUCCACAGGGCCGGGAGAUAAAGCGGGAUGAGAGGUGCAGUUUGGGCCUCUGGAGCGCAGAGACUUUAUCUAGGAAGGGAGAUUGGAGAAGGGAGAUUGGAUCGGGAUGCCAGGGCGUGGGAGGGACAGGGAGUCAGGGAAGGAGCGCUGGGAGAGUGGCUGGACCAGCCGGACCUGUGGAGCAGAGCUGGAACGGGAGAAUCCAUCCCUUGGGAGAGGAGGCUGACGAGAGUCCGUAAGGAUGAAUGGCUCCGAGCUCGCCAGCACCACGGCAUCCAGUCCCAAAUCCAAGGAGGAUCCGGUGGUGAACGGGCACGAUGAGAAGGAGAACAACCCCUUCGCCGAGUACAUGUGGAUGGAGAACGAGGAGGACUUCAACAGGCAGGUGGAGGAGGAGCUGCAGGAGCAGGAAUUCCUCGACCGCUGCUUCCAGGAGAUGCUGGAGGAGGAGGACCAGGACUGGUUCAUCCCGUCCCGGGACCUGCCCCAGGGCGUGGGGCAGCUGCAGCAGCAGCUCCACGGGCUCUCGGUGGGGGACGGCCACGGCUCCGAGGACAUUCUGAGCAAAAGCAACUUGAAUCCAGAUGCCAAGGAGUUUGUGCCGGGUGUGAAGUACUGACAGGCCAGGCCUGGAGAGAGACUGAAUCCCUGCUCCAGGGAAUGCCAGGGGAUAGAGGGGGGACAGCCCGGCUGGACUCGGCGCCGGGAUCUGCUCCAGCUUCAAGUACCUGUUCUUUUCCUCCUUUAUUAUUUUUUAACACUUUGUAUCGUCCCAUCA